AUGGCAGCUGAAAAAAGUUGUCAGAGUGAGAGGAGAAACUUGGACAUGGACCUUGCUGCUGCACAGAAUCAACAUAUUUCAGCUGAAGAUGAAAUGGUUCAUUCUGCAAUCUCAGUUUCAUCCUUGCAUAACAAAACAGCAGCAGGUGACUCUGCCUUGCGAUCCAUGAUAGAAGAAAAUGCUUUUCAAGCUUUAAAUGAUGGACCCUGGGCAAAAAGACCCCGGCUUGCUCUCGGCGAUGAUGGUUCUCUUGAAGACAAUGAUUUCCUAUCCCUCACCUUCCCAAAGAAACUCUGGAAAAUUGUUGAAAGUGAUCAGUUUAAAUCCCUGUGGUGGGAUGAUGAUGGGAAUUGUGUCGUGAUUGAUGAAGAACUUUUCAAAAAAGAGGUCUUGGAAAGGAAAGGACAACUUCGUAUCUUCGAAACGGACUGCAUGAAAAGUUUCAUUCGUCAGCUAAACCUCUAUGGAUUUAGCAAAAUGAGACAGAGUUUUCAAAGAUCUGCCUCUCUUGUUGAAUUUUUAGCAGAAGAAAAAGCAGCUUAUGCAUUUAGCAAGUUACAGUUCUAUCAUAACCCCAAUUUUAAGAGGGGUUGUCCUCACUUACUUGCAAGGUGCAAAAGAAGAGUUGGAAUAAAAAGUAUCCCACCAGUUGCUUUUUCAUUAGAACCGGACUACAGUGAAAGCUGCCUGAGGAGCAGAUCAAGAAGCCCAGAUGGUCAAACUGCACUGGGAAAUGAUUCUAGGGAGAACAGCUUCCUUGCAGCUUCCCCAAAGGAUAAAAUGCACAAAUCUGGACACCCGAAACCUACCGCAAGCAAGGGACUUGCUGGAAUAGCAGCCCGGAUGAGAAGUGGAUAUACAACUUCCUCUCCAACCCCCCUGAGGCCGUCUGAACAGGCCUCACCUGAAGACAGUGAUAACAAAAUAAACCAGCUGGCUCCUUUCCAUCUACCCCAGCACACCAACCAUGCUCGAGUCAACACGCACGAAAUAGACUCCACCACCACCACAUCUGCUACUUCUUUGUAUCAUGUUAUACCACCUGUCCCCAACAGCCCCUUUGCACCAAUGAUGGGGCUGCCAGCCUUCCCAACCAUGUAUCCAGACUUAUCAGCCAUGCAAGCUCAUUGGGCCAGUUUGCUUCCAUUUUGUAACCCAUGGUUCUCUAUGCCUAUGAUAGCAGCUGCUUCUGCCAUUUCCAUGUCACGAUCUUCCCAUCAUCACCGAACCCCUGCAUACCACCACUGUCCUAACUGUAACUGUACUUCAAAUACUGCGUCCGCUUCCAAAGGAGUAGGACCCAAAGUGACAGAAUACACUGGCUACCAUCGAUAAAGAAAGUGGUAACUUCCAAAAUCCCACCCUUCUGCAGGAGAGAUAGGGAAAUCCAGAGUGACCAAAGAAUAAACUUCUUUCUUAUCUAGGUUAACUUUUGUAUUUCUUUCAUCAUGGAUGGAUAAAGUAACUUAUUUUCUUCAAUACUGUAAACAUGAGAAAUACAAGUUAAAAUUAGGGAGAGCUGCAGCAGCUGCCUGCCCGCAGUUCACCCCUCCACCAGGGCAAAUCCACCAGCAUGGCCCUGAAACUCUCCCACUGGUGGAUUUGUGCCCCCCCCCCCUCCUUUGGCUGCAAGACAGAUACCAGUGUAAUCCAACCAAUGCACUUGUCACAUUAAGGUCAGUUUGGGCAGGCAACUUUGAGCCAGUGCUUAAAGUGGCUUUUUGAUCCAUCUCAAAUCAUAGUUUCUUAAUCCUAGCACUUAUCUUAGUAAUUAUGUCACACAGCUAACUGGCAAUGGUGAUUUGCUCCUUGUUUACCACAGAUUAUGAGCUUGUGCUCCAUGAGACACUAACAGUGUAAUCCUGUACAGAGUUACUUCACUUUAAAUUCCUUGAAAUCAAAGGGACUAGAAGUAAAGUAAUUCUGCAUAGGAUUCUAAAGUAGAUUUACCAAGAUGGAUCAUAUUGUGAUGCAAUAAUAUCUACCCUGUAUGUUCAUUUCUCAAAAUACUUUUGCAGAUUGUUGUGUAUUUGUCAGACAUCCAGAUAAUCUGACAGCUGUAUGUAUGAAGAAGUGUGUUUGAAAUAAAAGUUAGUGAUUACAAUUA